AUGGCCACACCGAUUGUUUCAAAAGUAAGUUAUAUCUGCAAUGGAAUACCUUUAUCUUAUAGUACAAUCAAAUGAUUGGCGAGAGUCGCCCUUGUUAUUACGAAUGGGGCCCUUGGUCUCCGUGUACGGGCACUUGUCGACCUCACGGACAAGAUCCUCCAAUCAGAGUCCGGAAGAUUAUUGCAGGGCUCACAAUCAUGCCUCGAGGCCUUUUUCGGACAAAAAAUCUUCUGAAUCAUUGUAGAAGUAUUGCGAAUUAUACGGUAGGUUGGGGCACUGUACGCUGUUUCCGAUUUUUUUAAUAGAAGUGGCUUCCAUAAUUUUAUGUUGUUUUAGGAUUCAGCUCCUUGUAAUGUCGCCGAAUGCCCAGUGUCCUUGAGAUCAUUCCCAUUCGGAAAAUGUGUAGGCAAAAAAAGAUUUAGACUGAUCCCACGGAUUUCGCAACAUGUAGGUUAUCAAUUAGAAUACGAAUCGGCACUUUCAGUUAAUUAUUAUUUAUACCGUUUUUUACCAAAAUAGGUGUACCGUUCUCGAGAAAUGUGGACGAAUCUCAAAAAGGCUCCGCAUUUCGUAAAUCCAGCUUCUGUCGUGGAGAUGUUUGAUGGACUCCUUGUGAGAAGCUGGGUCGGUCGACAGUUAUACGGGGCUUGGAAACAACUUGGCUUUUAAACGUUGAUUGAAGAAUGUAAAAAAUUUUUCUUAAAAAAUGACGUCAUUAUGUAUUUAUGAGAAAAUUAAGAUUCUUUAAAAGUGACGUUUACCAUGAGCCAGCGGAAAAUCGAUCAAAGCUAAAAUUGGCCUGUUACCAUUUUCGAGCAAGGGGAACAAUGAUCGAGUUGAAAAGUAAGCGGGUUACUGUAACCUGACGAAACCGAAUUUUUGACGAUUCCAUGUCUCUUUUAGGACAUAUUCAAGCUAAGGCCAGUCCAGUCAACCAAACUGCAUGGGCGAAUUUACAAAAUGUAAUUUUUUCGACUGCAUUGUUCGAAAACCGUGAUUCGCAUUUCAUAAAUGAAAACUGUUGGCCCAGUAAAUAACUUUAAACCUGAAACUGCCGAUUCGUGUCCUGAGUCAAAAAAAAAUAAAAUAUUUGCCUUUGAUUUUAGAUAAAUCUGGGCGAAGAUCAGUUCUACAUGGCUUGUGAUUAA